AUGUCUUCGAUACCUUGUACUCCCAAAGACAAUAGCAAGCAUCAUGCCGCGGAUUCAUACAGCUGUACAUCUUCGCUAUCCUCGGGUUCGGUUACGGGCGACUGGAGCAUCGGCUCCCCAGUUCUAUCGAUUACUUCUAUAGACCCUUGCUCACCCAGCUUGAGGUUCCAAGAUCGUCCACAAGGAUCUAGAUCUAGCUCUGCCCCGUUUCCUAUCUCGGAAGUAGGAGGGGACGAUGAAGAAGCUGAUAGAGCUGCGGAUUUAAGACACAAGGCGUCGAAUUACCUCCAAUACAUCGAAUCACUUUCGCAGGCUUACGAAAGUCAACUGAAUGCCCUCUCUGCAUUUUUCAAAAUCAAUGAAGACAGCUUGGCGGGGAGUGUGCAAGACCAAUUUGAAAGUUAUACGGAUGAUCCAGCUGUAACUAUUAUCGAAAUAUGUCGGGGCGGUACUCGACAUCUAAUCGGCAUUGAUGAUGUGGAUAUGCUUGUCGACUACUUCUGUGAACAGGAGGAGGAAGAUGAGAGUGGCGAGGGACCAGGCGGCUUGAUGCUCCAGAAAAACUCAGGCGUAUCCUUCAUCUCGAGGGUUUUCUUGCUAGACAAGAUUACGCCGGAUAUCAUGGGCGUCUUUGGGGCAAAACUAGGGGUUGAGCCGCAGUUCUGGGAUGCCCAUUUACAGUUGGGGGCUGCUAAAAGCAUGGCAGAAAGUUCAAACGCAGCUGGCUCUAGCGGGCAACUUGUUCGAUAUGGAUCGGAGGGUGGGUCUAAAGUUUCUUUCUUGAAUAUUCCGCUUCUGAGAAGAUAUCCCUCGUCAGAGUCGCUAGAUACCAAGGAGGGUGGGAGAAACUUGUCUCCCAACCAGCAGGAGGAGUCUGAGGGAUGUUCUAUACAUUUAAAUUAUAACACCAAUGAUGCAGAACCAGCGACAGUCCUCAUCAUGGUCAAUCGUGCAAGUGAGACCACCAAUACAUCAUCCAAAGCUCUCAGAACUUCCUUCGUAGAACACCUAAUGUCCACCAGCUCCAUCUCAGCGCCUACUCCACUAACCCACAACCUCAUAAAAGCCAUCCUCCAUCACCUAACUUCAACCCUCACUUCCAUUCCCCAACAAACUCAACAGCAAACCUCUCAAUUCACAAUAAACCUCUUCAAAGACGAUACUGACAAGAUCCGAGAAUCAAUUUCUUCCGAAGCAACAGUCAUAUCUACGUUAUCAAAAACUCUAAGUAAUUCCUUACUAGCAGUUGAUAACCCUUCUGCUUCUUCCUUUACAACUGCCGGUGCGGGUGGAAGCGGGAUCAAAGCGUUGGAUACGCUAGCACCGUUACUUCAACAAUUUCAGGAACAGACUGAGCAGGUUACUCAGUGGCUUAAGGACCUUGAUACAGCUGUUGUUGAUAGCCAGAGACAGAGGGAGGCGAGGCUUAGGAGGCUUAAAAUUGUUGUUCCUGUUUGUUCUAUUUCUUUGGCUAUUGGCGUUGUUAUUGUUUUCGUGACAAAUUUGGGGGUCCCUGAUGGCGUUUGA